CCCCAUUUCUGCAUUCCUUCGCAGCUCCCCUCGCUCUCUCUCUCUCUCUCUCUAGAAAUUCUCUCACGGGGCUCUCAGAUUCUUCUCUCACCUGAGAGCCCUCGGAAUCCGCAGAAAGCGUUACGAUUUGCUCGAGGAUUCUAGGUUUUCUCUCCCCGUCCGUCCGGCGUAAUCCUCUCGCUCCCCGCGCGCGGCGGUGAAUCGGAGCUGCAUUUCCCCGCGGAAAAUCUGGAGGCCGGAGUCGGGCUGCUUCUUCUCCUUCUCCGCUUUCCAGGUACUUCUUCGUCUUGAGCUUCCAUUUUUGGGGUAGUCACUUGUCUAAAGGACCCUCAGGUCGGCCAAGCUAGAGAAUACAAAGUUAUGGGUGGAAAUGUAGCUGGUGAAGGGGAUGAUAAUGUUGACUGGAACACUGAAGAUGAGCUUGAGGUUGAGAAUUAUGCGGCAUCUUCUUGUUCAAGUUUAACUCCUCCCAGUGGAGAUGCUGCUUCAGGCUCUGCAGAGGCGAGCUCGUUGGCAGGUACAUCCCAUUCCAAGUUGUUUUAUCAAUUUGUGGGGAUGGGCUUUUCAGAGAAAUUGGUUGCAAAGGCUAUUGACGAAAUUGGAGAGGGAAAAACUGAUGCAAUACUGGAAUCUCUCCUGACAUAUAAGGUUCUAGAAAACUCUCCUCAAGAGCAAGAUAUUGAUGAAUCUGCUGUUGUCAAAGAGGAAGUUGUGGAUUCUGAUCACUUCUCGUCUGACUAUGAAGGUAGCUUUUUGGACGAUUCUUCGGAUGAUGAUAGUUAUUCUGGAAGCGAGGAAGUCAUCAAUCCUUCGUCUGAAGAUAAGAAAUUGUUAUUCUUGACGGAUAUGGGGUAUACAGUGGAAGAAGCUUCCAUUGCCAUAGAAAGAUGUGGUCCUGAUGCCUCAGUAGACGAGCUGGCAGAUUUCAUAUGUGCUGCUCAGAUGUCAAAGGCAGCAGAUGCACUUCUAGGACCUGAAGAGAAGCCUAGACUGCUCAAUGACUUUAGAAAGCACAAGAAGAGGAAACUUUCCAAUUGUGAUGCUUGGAGCAAGAAAAGAAGAGGGGAGAAAAAGCUCUUGCAUGGAGAUGAGGAGCCAAUUCGCCUCCCAAAUCCCAUGAUUGGGUUUGGGGUACCCACAGAGUCGAGUGCGAUAGUUCACCGAACACUUCCAGAGGCAGCUAUCGGACCUCCCUACUUUUACUAUGAAAACGUAGCGCUUGCUCCCAAGGGAGCUUGGGACACCAUUUCUCGGUUCUUAUAUGAUGUUGAACCGGAAUUUGUAGACUCCAAGUACUUCUGUGCUACUGCAAGAAAGAGGGGCUAUGUCCAUAACCUACCUAUCAAUAACAGGUUUCCUCUUCUUCCACUCCCUCCGCGCACGAUUCAUGAAGCAUUGCCGUUGACGAGGAAGUGGUGGCCUUCAUGGGACACGAGGACAAAGCUGAAUUGCUUACAAACAUGCAUUGGCAGUGCAAAGCUUACAGAUAGGAUCCGAAAGGCCCUUGAACAUCAUGAUGGUGAGUCAGAACCUCCUCUGAGGAUCCAAAAAUAUGUUCUUGAUGAAUGCCGCAAGUGGAACCUUGUCUGGGUGGGAAGGAACAAGCUGGCUCCGUUGGAGCCUGAUGAGGUGGAAAUGCUUUUAGGUUUCCCGAAAAAUCACACCAGAGGAGGUGGGAUAAGCAGAACCGAUAGAUACAAAUCGCUCGGCAAUUCCUUCCAGGUUGAUACUGUGGCUUACCAUCUCUCCGUUCUGAAGGACUUGUUCCCUGCUGGAAUCAACCUCCUCUCUCUCUUCUCUGGAAUUGGCGGGGCGGAAGUUGCUCUUCAUCGGCUUGGGAUCCCGCUAAAAAAUGUGGUCUCCGUGGAAAUAUCUGAAGUCAAUAGAAAUAUUGUGAGGAGUUGGUGGGAGCAAACAAACCAGAAGGGCAAUUUGAUCGACAUUGCUGAUGUGCAACAGUUGAAUGGGGAUAGGCUGGAGCAGCUCAUGAACUCUUUUGGCGGGUUCGAUCUCAUUGUUGGCGGAAGCCCAUGCAACAAUCUCGCAGGCAGUAACAGGCAUAGUAGGGAUGGACUGGAAGGCAAGGAGUCCUCGCUCUUCUAUGAUUAUUUUCGGAUUUUGGAUCUGGUCAAGUGUAUCAUGUCCAAAGGCCACUGAUUGAUGUAAAGCACCUGACUGAACAGUUAACCAAUUGAUAGGCGGGUUUUAGUUCUUAUCUGGCUCAGAAUUGAAUUGCUGAAGGGGAGCGCAAACAUCUCUAAUUGUUCAUGUUUCUGAUUCAAUUCUCCUCUUCAAUCCAAUAAAUCUCCUUGCAAUUCU